AUGAUCUCCGAGAAAGAGUUCUUGGCUCGCCUCCCUCCGUCCGUCAGCCACUGGCUGGGCUAUCGUGAGGGUGCACCAAAGCCUCCCUCGAAAUAUCUCGUUCACUUCUGGUCGUUCAUAGCCGCAUUCUGCGGUCUAUGUGUAGUCCAGGCUAUAUUUAAUUACUCUUCCUACUUCAUUGAACGUGGCGUGCCAGGCAUCAUUGCUUCUUAUGGAGCAUCGGCAGUCCUCAUCUAUGGUGCUAUUGAGUCCCCUUUAGCACAGCCACGCGCUCUGAUCGGUGGCCAUUUUCUGAGUGCUCUGGUCGGCAUCUGCAUCACGAAACUCUUCAGCCUAAUGCCCGAUGAAGAAAAAUUCAACUCUUUGCGCUGGCUAGCCGCUUCGCUUUCGUCGGCCGUUGCCAUUGUUGUUAUGCAAAUUACCAACACAACUCAUCCUCCAGCCGGUGCCACAGCCCUCCUUCCCGCAGUGGACGAAGCUGUGUGGGCGCUCUCUUGGUACUAUCUGCCAGUUGUCUUACUUUCGUCAACUAUGCUCCUGCUUAUGGCCUUGAUCGUGAACAACAUCCAGCGCCGUUAUCCCGUUUUCUGGAUCACUCCACCGGCCGCUAAGCCUGUUCUUCCCCAGGCUAGCAACUCGAAAUAG